CUUCUCUACAGAGUCAUAUCCUAUAUCUAUAUUUCUUACAACCCAAGAGAAAAAAAAAUGAAUACCUCAAAGUUAUUAGCAUUUUCCUUUAUUUGUUUUGUCUUGAUUGUCCUAACUUCUGCAGCAGCACCUGAACCAGUGCUUGACAUCUCAGGCCAGAAACUGAGCACAGGUGUCAGUUACUACAUUUUGCCUGUCUUAAGAGGCAAAGGUGGAGGGCUAACACUUGCAAGCAGAGGCAACACCUCUUGUCCCCUUUAUGUGGUUCAAGAGAAGCUUGAAGUCUUGAAAGGCCACGCAGUUACCUUCACACCCUACAAUGCUAAAGAUGGUGUCAUCUUCACCUCAACUGAUCUCAACAUCAUCUCCUCUCCCAGAAAAUCGCCCUGUGCCACAUCCCCAGUGUGGAAGCUUCACAAAGUGCUGACUGGGGUGUGGUUUUUGGGUACUGGUGGUGAUGAAGGAAAUCCAGGUGCUGAUACUAUUGUCAAUUGGUUCAAGAUUGAGAAAUCUGGUCAAGACUACGUCCUUUCAUUCUGUCCCUCAGUUUGCAAAUGCAAUACUCUAUGCAGGGAACUUGGGAUAUAUAUUGAUGGUGGGAAAAAGCAUUUGGCUCUCAGUGACAAAGUUCCAUCCUUUAAAGUCAUGUUCAAAAGGGCUUAAGUUUAAUUUUCAGCAAUCCUAAGCUAGCUAGAAAUGAAUAAAAGUUGUCGAAACUACUAGUCUAGCUUGAAAUCAAUUUCAAUUAUGUUCUGCUGCACAACAUGUGCCUUUGUAAGUUUUGGUUUGGUGCAAUCAAUGUUUCUUGUUUUCUUGUGCUUUA